CUAAGGGAGUUAACGUUAGUUGGCAGUUUCACUUGGCUAAUGUUGGUAGUAGUAACGUUUGUAACGUUAACUGUUAAUGUUAGCAAUAGCCGUCAUCUGUGGACAUACAUUUGAGGCAUCUAAUAAGCUGUUUGCCAUAAUGUCCACGCUAACGUUAGUCGUACGAAGUUAAAAAGAGCUGAUGUACUGAUGUCCUCUGAUGAAGGGGAGCCAAACAGUCCAGCUCUGCCUAUGGAUUCAGAUCGAGGGAGCUCGGUGUCGUCUGAAUUGCAGGAUGAGUAUGAAGAGCUCUUGCGGCAUGCUGUGGUGACUCCUAAAUUUGAGCCAAGCACACCAUCCCAGCUGCUUCAAAUGUCACAACUCUCUGGAACAGGACACAAUUCUCAUCUCAUGGUGGGGCGGCGAUCUCAGUGUACUGAAGAGGACAGUGGAAGACACUCAGACAGAGGGGUGACCUCAACCAGGGCAACUCCUCUUGAUCAGGAUUCCUCUCAUGUCCAAGCAUCAGAAGAUGUGGAGAUGCUGGGCAGAAGUCGUGAGAGUGUAUCAGACAGACCACAAACGGCAUCAGAGGCAUCCGGGCGAAGCAGCCUGGAUGCAGUCGUCACCUUGGAGACUGAGGUGUCUGUGUCGGAGGAGAACAUGACCAGAAUGGAAAACCUCCUGGAUAUGUGGGGCGACAACCUGAAGACCAACGUGAUGAUGGAGCUGAGAAAGUGGAAGCUGGGGUUUGCAGAGCAGCAUAAACUGGUGCUGAGGAAGGAGAAGGAGAAACACGCGGCCGACAUGGCUGCUGUAAACGCAGAGAUGGACGGCCUGAAGGACCUGCUGAACACAUUCGAGAUCUCCAGUCAGAGGAAGGAUGAGGUGAUUAAGAACCUGAGCUAUGCGCUUGACAGACAGCGGGAGCGGCUGGAGAUGAUGAGGUCGUUCCAGCAGUGGAGGAUGCGGCACGCCGAUCUCCGAGAGGAGGCUCAGGGGGUCAAAAUGGCUGCGCAGCACUACCAGUUGCAGCUGAAGAAGAAGGUGUGGGCCGCCUGGCACUCGCUCGUCUCCAGCCGCUGGAAGGAGCGUGUGGAGGGGGCGUGUCGCACCCGGGCCGAGGAGGUCUGCAUGAAGCUCUCCAACGACUACGAGGCCAAGCUUGCGGAGAAUGUGGAGGCCCUGCAGAAAGCGCAAGCUGAGAUCCAGAAGCUGCACCUGGAGAGGGACCGCUACGAGGACUCCAUGAAGAAGGCCUUCAUGCGCGGUGUGUGUGCGCUCAACCUGGAGGCCCUGAGCAUCUUCCACGGAGGAGAGGGCAGGCCCCAGGAGCACGAUGCUCCGCCCCCACGGGAUGACCCGAGCUUCGGCUCAUUGGGCGGCCUCCAGCCCCGGCCCGCCUCCUCCUUCUCUGAGGGCGGGUUUGCCAUGGAGACCCAAGCCGCAAACUUGGCACCAUCCCGCAGUGAAAUGGACAGGAUGUCUCCAGGCCCAGGCCCGUUCCUCUCUCACAUGGGCCCCGGCUCCAGCAUGGCACUGCUCAGAACUGACGCAUUCCCUGCGCCCUCCAUCAGCACUUCAGGGACCUGCGCCAUGCCACUAGGGGGCAGCGUAACAUCCCACAGACAGGCCAGUGGCCGUGCGGGUCCCUCAGGCCCCCAGAGGCCCAGCAGGACCGUGACUGCUCGUGUGACUGGGCGUGCUGACACGACCCGGGUCCUCGUGCCCAGCAGUUUGCAGGUCACGCCCGCAGGCCAAACAUUGAGCAACGUGGUUGUGGAGCGUCAUCAUCCCACUACUCAGUUUACAGUGGGCCAGACUACAGCAGCCAAAUACCCGCGCUCCAUUCAUCAGGUCCAGGCCCUCCCAGGCAGCAGGAGCUCCAGGGAUGUCCGAGCUCACUCCAGCUCUCACAUCCACACUGUCAAAGUGGUGGAGUGAACACACACACACACACACACACACACACACACACACACACACAAAAAAAAGUAUAUUUUUUUGUCAGUGUAUCUCUCCUCCUGAAAACAAGAAAUUCCAAGUACAUAUACGCAUUUUAGUCAAUGCCACUGAUACAAGUAUCCACUAUAAUUUUUUUUUACUGAAAAGACUGACAAAUUAGAGCUACAUUUUCUUUGACAAGGAUGCCACCCUCUCUCCCUUUUGGAAUUAUGUUGAUUGGUUUAAGAUUUAAUAAAUUGCCUUUUGAGAAAAUGUUAUGAGUUAGACAGAAAGUGGAUCGAUGAAAGCCAUGCUUUGGACAUGCAUUUUUUAAAUGCUUUUUUAACGAUACUUGAAAUAUUUAUUUUUUAAUUUAAUGUUGUUCUGGAAUAAUGACCCGUCCUGAUAGGUUUGUUGUGCAAUCAUUUGCCUGUUGAUGUUUUCUAAUGAUAAUGUAUGAAGCUAAGACACAUACUUGAAAUUGGUAUGUACAUGGUCUCUGUAUACCAACAAUAAAAUAUCUGAGUAAGUUCACCGCAA